AUGGUGCCGGCUCCAAUCCCCGCUUACCUGCUCCCCCGCGGCCUCCCCACGGCCCAAACCCUCCGCACCCUCCAGCAAACACGUCAACAUGCCCGCCGCUGCUUCUCCGCAACCAGCGCCGUGGCCGCGAAGGCCAAAACGACCGACAAGUCCCGCAUUCUCGCUCAGCCAGACAAAUUCCGCCCGCCGUCACACCCCCAGCGCAUUGUCAACCCCCGCACCACGCCCACCGGCCAACCAGUCAACUACGGCCCGCGCCUGACAGCCGAGCAGCGCGAGGCCCAGAAUCGCAAACAGUACCCGAACAUGUUCCCGCCCGAGGGCACCGUGAUGUUUAAGUUCCUGACCAGCCGCUGGAUCCACGUCUGGAUCGCCAUGAGCAUCCUCACCACCCUAGCCACGUUCACCUUCACCACCAACUUCAAGGCGUCCUCGCCCUUCGCGCACCUCCUCCCCGCUUGGUCUGACCUGCUAGUGCACCCAAUCGACACGGUCUCCCAGGCCCUCCAUGUCUACCGCAUGCACGUGCAGCACGAGUCUGUGCGCGUGCGCGAGCAGCGUCACCGCCGCAUCGAGGACGCUGAGAAACGCCGCCAGUACCGUGUUGCGCAUGGCUUGGAGGAGCCGAGUAAGGAGGACGUGGAGGCGGCGGCGGCGGCGGCGGACGAGCAGGCGCCUAGUGCCGCCGAUGUGGGAGUGGAAGCGGUAGCGGGAGCGGGCAAGGAGGAAUUUGUGGACUUGGAGGGAAAGAAGAGGCCUGUGAAGAAGUGGCUUGGGAUUUGGUGA